CCGUAAAUGACGAGGAGGAAAUUGUCUUCGGUUCUGAAGUCGACUUCAGAGAUAAUGAAUUUCUGAGAAACAACACAACGGAAUAAACGCUGCUAUCCUUAGGGUUCAAUUUAAUGAGUAGUACACUCAGCUCAGUCUUUGGCGUACAAUUUCCUUCAAUGAAUUCUUCACUUCUUCAAUACAGAGUAAACGUAACAACAUUUACAAACUGUUUCCAGUGUAUAUAAGAUAAACUUUCCCAACAGAGUGGGCAUACAACCCAUUCCCGAGAGCUAUAAACAUUUUCGAGGAGAAUUUGAGCGUGGAAAUAGGUUGAAGGGGCCACGUGGCCGAGAAAGCUCAGUCCGGUUGUUAAUCAUUAAAAUUCCUGCCUUCCAUUUUCCUUCGGUCAGCAUCAAACGGAUGGAACCAUUCGCGACGGAGCGUGUGAGCUGGAGGGACGACAGCAGCGAAGCACGUCGGAAACGGAAGUGACAUCGUUAGUAACGCUCCUGAGAAACCGAGGCAAAAGCAAACAACUGCGAAAAGAAAUAGAAAAUAGGAGAUAAUAGGAGAUAGGAGUGGGUGAGGGUAAAUAUCAGGGGAUUGGGGUGGGGCUGAGCUUGGGAAGGAAGGGUGACCAAUGGAGGUCCGGAUGAGGAGAGGAUCAGUGGGAAUGCGGUGAACGACUGUGAGGGUCGGAUGAAGAAGGUGUUUGAAGUGAAGGGCGGAUCAGAGGGUCAGGGAGUGACCGAGGGGGAAGCAGCAAAGAUCAGAGGGGCUAUAACGGAGUGGUGUGCCUGUGUGGGUGACGGGGUUCCCGUGACGUGGUGGGACCAGAGACCGGGUGACGGGCUCAGAUUGUGAGGGCUGUGGGGUAGCAGCACCGGGCGCUGAUGGAUAGCGAUGCGGCCUUGGACGGUGAGGUUGAUCACUCCUUCUUCGACAGUGACUACGAGGGGGUAGGGGAACGGGGUGGGCGGCAGAGCCGCGUCGGCGACCAGGGGCAGCGGUCUCCGAGCGGUGCGGGAGAGGGGAUGGUAAUAAGGGCAUUCAACGUGGAUUCCUCGGCGAGUGCGGCAUCUCCCUCCGCCUCGUCCUCUGCCACCCCGGUCUCCCGUUCGUCAUCGUCAGCAUCAUCUCGCGGAGAGUUCGCCCGCUUCCGCACGAAGAGCCCCAACUAUCCCAGCGACAGUAGGAGGAGCAGCAGCAGCUCCAGUCAUGACGGGGAUCGGUCUGACCGUAGCCGUAGCACAAGCCCCAGGACUCUGCCGGCCAGCCGCUGGCUACAUAGGGGUAGUGAGGCUGCUCUGUCAGAUCCGGCAUCCAACUGCGAUUCGGACAUCGGCAUCUCCGUUUCGUGCUGCGCAUCGCCCUCUUCGUCUGAGAAGCGCCCUUCGUCGUUUCCCACUUCUCAAUGGAGAACUAGGCAUUCAACGAAGACAAGGAAAGGCCGCAGCCAGGAAUUGUGCUGGACCAGGAAACAGCCUGAAGACACAGAGGGUACUGUGACUGACGUGACUCCGCUCUCCAGCCCAGGGUGCAGCCCCAUUCACUCGAAUGACCAGCAUGUGGAACCGAAGCACACGACCAACAGGAAAAAGCACAACAAAAAGCAAGAAAACGUCACCCAGGCAAUCUACAUCAGUCUUGACCCAUUGAAUUUUGAUAAGGAAAAAGAUGAAGGGAUACAAAAUGCACGGCGGCAAAAGAACGCGAGGGAAGCCAAGCCUUGCAAACCCAGCUCAACGGCAAGCUCUCUGGAAUCCAAGAAAUCCAAUCAAAGAUGUGGCCAAAAAGUACCAAAUGAUGCCACUGACUUGAACCAUUUGUUGAAAGAACAAAGGCGAAGAAAAAACUACACUUUCAGUAAUGAGGAAGCAAAGCGGAUUGAUCGCGAAAAUCAGAGAUUGCUACAAGAACUAACUCGAAAAGCCACAAGACCAGCAGUCAAUAAACCAAACAAAACAGCAGCUACUACAGUCCGAGUCUACCACAGUACUCUGAACAGACAGAGGGAGCAGGAGAGAAUUGAAAGAGAGAACUUGGCAUUUACAGGAAAACAAAGAAAUACAAUAUAAUUUAUGGAAAACUAUAAGCAAUGUGAAAAAGAAGACAAAAAGUACAAAUAAUAAAAAAGUAAAUAGGUAAUACUGAGAACAUGAGUUGUAGAGUCCUUGAAAGUGAGCGUGUAGGUUGUGGAGUCAGUUCAACAUUGAGAUGAGUGAAAUAAUCCACAAUGAUAUCCACACUGGUUCAGAAGCCUGAUGGAUAUAGGGUAAUAACUGUUCCUGAACCUGGUGGUGUGGGACCUAAGGCUCCUGUACCACCUUCUCAGUGGUAGUAGUGAGAAGAGAGCAUGGCCUGUAUGAUGAGGUCCUUGAUAAUAGAUGUUGCUUUCUUGUGACAGUGCUCCUUGUAGAUGUACCCAAUGAUGGGGGAGGGCUUUGCCUGUGAUAGACUGGGCUCCAGCCAACAUUUUCUGUAGACUUUUCUGUUCCUUAGCAUUGGUGUUACCAUACCAGGCCAUGAUGCAACUAGUUAGGAUAUUCUCCACUGUGCAUCUAUAGAGACUUGUUAAAGUUUUAGAUGAUAUAUCAAAUCUACGCAAACUUCUAGGAAAGUAGAGGUGUUGCCUUGCCUUCCUUGUAAUGGCACUUGGACGCUGGUCCCAGGACAGAUCCUCUGAUAUGGUAACGCCAAGGAACUUAAAGUUACUAACCCUCUCUACCUCUGAUCAUCUAAUGAGGACUGGCUCGUGGAUCUCCAGCUUCCUCCUCCUGUAGUCAAUAACCAGCUCUUUAGUUUUCUGAUGUUGAAGGAGUGGUUGUUGUUACAACAUCAUUCAACCAGAUUUUCAGUCUCCCUCCUAUAUGUCAACUUGUCAUCCCCUUUGAUUUGGCCAGCAACAGUGGUGUCCUCAGCAAACUUAAAUAUGACACUGGAGUUUUACUUAGCCACACAAUCACAGGUAUAAAACGAGUAGAGCAUGGGGCUAAGCACACAGCCUUGCAGUGAACCUGUGCUCCGUACUGACUGGGACAGGCAAGUAAGGAAAUCGAGGAUCCAGUUGCACAGGGAGGUAUUGAGGCCUAAGUCUUAGAGCUUAGUGUGUAGUUUCAAGGGGAUGAUAGUGUUGAAUGCUCAGCUGUAGUCAAUGAAGAGCAUCCAGAUAUAUGCAUCUUCAUUGUCCAGAUAUUCCAGAGCGGAGUGAAGAGCCGAUGAAGUAGAAUCUGCUGUUGACCUGUUAUGGUAGGCAAACUGGAGCAGAUCCAAGUUACUCAUCAGGAAGGAGUUGAUAUUCUUCGUGACCAACCUCUUAACACACUUCAUCACAGUGGACGUAAGUGCUACUGGACGAUAGUCAUUGAGGUAGGUUAUCAUUUUGUUCUUGGGACAUAAAUACAGGAGGUUCUGCAGAUACUGGAAAUUCAGAGCAAUGCAUAAAAUGUAGAGGAGCUAGGGAGGGGAGUAAAUAGUCAGUUUCAGGCCAAGCCCCUUCAUCAGGACAGGAAAGGAAGGGGAAACAACCCAGAAUAAGAAGGCAGGGGGAGAGGAAGGCAUACAAGCUGGCAGGUGAUAGGUGAACAGAUACGGGGAAAUAUGGGUGAAGGAAAGGGGAUGGAAUAAGAUGUUGGGACGUGAUAGGUAGAAAAGGUAAAGGACUGAAGAAGGAAGAAUCUGAUAGAAGAGAGUAAACAAUAGGAUAAAUGAAAGGAAGAGGGGCACUACAGGGAAUUGAGGAGAAGGGAAGGGGUAAAAGGCAGGCUAGAAUGGGGAAUGGAAAUAGAGAGAAGGGGGAAGGGGCAGAAAUUGCCAGAUGUUACAGAAGUUAAUGUACAUGUUGCAAGGAUUUGAGGCUACCCAGAAGGAAUAUAAGGUGUUGCUUCUCCAACCUAAGAUUGGCCUCAUUGUGAUAGUAGAGGAGGCCAGGGACCAAUGUAUCGAAAUAGGAAGUAGAAUUAAAACAGGUGGCCGCCGUGAAAUCAAGCUUGUUGUGGCAUUCAGAGCGAAGGUGCUUGACGAAGCAGUCUCUCAUUCAAAGUCAGGACUCAAGAUUGGUGCUGGAUCCCGACAGAAGGAAAUGUAGGGAAGUGUAGAGUCAUGCUUAUGACUUAUGGAGACUUAUGGAGAAAAGGAGUUCGGUGGGUAAUAAAAUGGACGAGUUCACGGCACUAGCCAGGCGUCAGAGAACAUUUCGGGAGUGCAGUGUUACGUAUUUCACUGGAACGGGGCUGCACGAGGACAUACCCGAUCAAAACUUCCACGGACGGCUUCCAGACCGUUCGGGCUGACCAGAUCUGCACUGAGAGCGGUAAGCAUAAAGGAGUUGGGUGCUUACUGUUCUGGUUAACAACAGAUGGUGCAAUCCGGGCCAUAUUACGAUCGAGGAACGUGUUUGUAGACCGGAUAUUGAACUUUUUACUUUUGGACUUCGGCCAUAUUCCACCGAGGUACAACACUGAGCGGCACGGGAGGUCAUUCCUGCCUGUGGCCAUCAAACUUGCAGCUCCUCCCGUGAAGGGUCAGACACCCUGAGCCAAUAAACUGGUCCUGGACUUAUUUUCCUUCUGGCAUAGUUUGCAUUUUGUUGUUUGAUUGUUUGUGGUUUUUGUAUUGCUAUAUUUAUGCUCUAUUCUUGGUUGGUGCAGCUGUAACGAAACCCAAUUUCCUUCGGGAUCAGUAAAGUAUAUCUAUCUAUCUAUCUGUGCAUUUGAUAGAGGAAUAAAGGUGUAGAUUGUUUUCUAAAUGGGAAGUGAAUUUAAAAUUUGGAGGUGCAAAGGGACUUGAGCCCUAGUACAGGGUUCCCUAAAAGUUAACUUGGCAGGUUGAGUUGGUAGUAAGGAAAGCAAAUGCAAUGUUAGCAUAGAUUCCAAGAGGGCAAGUAUAUAAAAACAAGGACGUAAUGCUGAGACUUUAUAAGGUAUUGGUCAGACUACAUUUGGUGUUUUCUGUACAGGUUUGGGCCAUAUAUACCCCGGUGGCAGUGCCCCUUAACAAUAGGUACUCCUGUUUGAGUACUGUUGCGGGGGACAGCUUACCCGGGGGAAGCAACAGUGGCCGUGCCUCCGGCACAGAGUCUGGCCCUGCAGCUCAGAAGGGUAGGGCAAGGAAGAGGAGGGCAGUUGUGAUAGGGGACUCGAUAGUAAGGGGGUCAGAUAGGCGAU